AUGGCCACUGCUUCUUCGUCGGGAGACUGGGACAGACUCUCGCGCCGUCUUGCCAACUACAUGUACCGCUGCAGAGUUGACGGUUUUCUCUUGCAAGACAGCCCCCUCGAACGCGACAGAGCCAUAGCAGAGCUCAGCAUGAAUCAGCGUACUACCACGCUCAACCCGCAGGCCUCCAUCGACGCGGAGGGUGGAAACGUUGACCAGUACCUCAGGAAGGUGGACAAGGCGAUCGGCGAGCUUGACGAUAAGGAGAAGCAGCACCAGGAUGCUUUCACGGUUGCCGACCGUGUGCUGCGUUGGCACUGCUUCUUCUCUGCGACCCUGAUCUGUAGCCAGUACGAAUGCACCCUCGCCCAACCUGGCUUUGAUGCCAGUGGCUUGGGGGAUGUCAGCAUCCGCGCCCUCCGCUUGAGCCAAGAGAUGUUCAAGGAGUAUUCUCCAGGAAAUUCUUCAUCGCCUGCCACCCAUUUUUCCACCCGCGGCUCCCCUGACAUGUUGCCUUCCCCUCCUCGCACGUCUCCUCCUAUGCCCCCAAGCCCUACCUGGGAGGAGGACGUUCCCAUGGAACGUUCCCUGACCAAGCUCUCCACUGAGGCGAUCACUGCGCUGCUGGAGGAUCCCGCCGAGCUCGUCAGGCAGAGGUUUUUGUGCUUGAGCGAGGACGAAUACGAAGCUGGCCAGUGGUCGGUGGAGUCGAUUGCGCACACCCGUCGUGGUGUCGAAUAUGUGAUCGUGUACGAUGAUACCGAUGGGCCGAUCCCGAUGGACGAGGGGUCCAUGCGUGACCUCAUGGAGGAGAGCGUAUUCACUUUCCCGCUCCGUCUGCGCGUGCUGUGUGCUCACCUCGUCUUCGCCUUCACCUUCGCCUUCGCCUUCGACUUUGACUUCGCCCACGCCCACGCUUUCGCCCACGACCUCGACCUUCCCUUCGCUAGCGCCGCGCGUGCGCGCGAUCUCGUCUAUUCCAUCCGCGUCUAUUCCCUCAUCGUCCUCCUCGCGCUCGCGCGAUCCCCCGAUCCAUCCUCUCUUCGCGCUCGCUCCUCCUGCGGCGCGUCGUAG